AUGUGGAGUGACAUCGAACUUUUAACAAACGAGGACACAAGCUUUGUUCCUUUUUGUGACGCGUCAAGGGAGGAAAAUGGUUGUGGCUUGUAUCAAGUGGAUACGUUGGUCAAAAUUUCUACUGCUGACAAGGUGCAGUCCGAACCCCAUCUCCACUCUUCCUGUGGAUCAAAUUGGAGCAUCGUUGCUGCUGACAGAACAGUUAUCCUGUUUGACCAGAGCAUUCAGACGGUCUUGCUGCACCUUAACUUCGAAACUAGCGUGGAUGCCGUGGAUAUUUGUCUGGAGGGAGAGUUUUUGAUGGUCUGUGAGAGAAAUGGAAACCUCCAUUUGAUCCAUGUUCCGCAAAAGAGGAUUCUCCUCACCAGGGCUUUAGUCAGCUCUUCAGAGGGAUAUAAGAAAACGUAUCAUCAUCUCAUCAUAGAGGAAGACAAGGCAUCUUUUGGGAUGUAUCAUGUGUUCCUCCUCAUUAAGGAUGGAUUUUACCAUAUCACAAACCUUGCUCUGGAGAAAAUCAAAACAGCCAUUGGCCAAAUGAACAUGGAAGCUUUGAAAGAGCUCCAGUCUCUCAUCAAGAUAGACUUCUCCUCCACCAAGGAUUUCCAUGAGGAGGGAUGCAGCACAGCAGUGAUAUUUAGUCUUAACAAAGAGCUUCACCUAAUGAUCGGGGGGAAUAAAGAAAAUGUGUUGACCCACUGGACGAUGGACCCUAAUGCUACUAUGCACCUCACACAUACUCUAGACUUAAGCUUGAUCCCAGGUGUAAGGAAGAUCCAGGUGGUAGAAAAUCUGAUGUAUAUUCUCGACACUGAGGAUGUACUGAGCCUUUGGGACUUGCAUUUCCUCAUCAUGAUAUGCGGCUGGCCUGAUAUUGCCAUUAAUGACUUUCAGCUGACCACAGAAUGUGAAUCUGCAUCUAUGGCAGCGCAAGAGGAGGGCAACUUGAAAAUAAUCACAUUGACCAAGCAGAAGGAGCGCAAGAUAAGGACACUCCAAGUAUGCUCCCUGCCCUCCAUGACUGUUCUUUACUCUCUGGAUGUUUCCCCUACCUCCUGCCUUGUCCAGACAAGAUUAAGCACGGACACUAUUUAUUUAGUUGAGGGGAUUUAUGAGAACCCAGAAAGUGAAGGGGAGCCUACAUCCUCCAUUGUCAUGAGAUGCUUCACAGAGGCUUUACCGGAGAACAGACUCAGUAGACUUCUACACAAACACAUGUUCGAAGAGGCUGAAAAGUUUGCCAUAACAUUUGAGCUGGAUUUAGAGCUUGUUCACAAGGUGAAGCUGAACUUUGUGCUAGAGAAGCUUGCUUCUGCUUCAGUGGGUGGCUAUGGACAAGCUUUGUGGUCAGAAGUUGUGGAGGAGGCCAAGACAAACCUGAUGAAGAUAAAGGAUAAGCAGUAUGUGGUGGAAUACUGCCUAAAGGCUCCAUGGCCCAGCUUUGAGACAGCGGAGAAAAUGCUGAACCUUGCUGCCUCACGAUACUCCUCCUUGCAUAUACAAGAGGCCUUGGCCAGGCUGGCAACCUUCUCCAGCCUUUACACUAUGGAUAAGUUCAAUGGAAUCGCUUGGAUUGAGUUCCUGAACAGCACAGAUAGUAUGGGAGAUGUUCUGACCCACUUGAGAGAAGGAGACCUGAGGGGCGCACAACUCCUUUGGCUCAGACAUGAGGGAGAGAUUGCAGGGAAAUUUGAUGAGGAAGGACUUGAAUCUUUUCUGGGUGCAAUCCCAGAGGACUUGCAGUCCCAAGAUCUCUGUUCUUGGUUUAGGACUGUCAUUGUUCCUUUUGUGAGGAAGAUGCUACCCAACGGACAGAGAAUCUUGGCAAGAUGGAUUGAGCAGAGGGCAAGAAACCUGGAGUUGACAGAAAAGAGUGGCUGGCCCCAAAAUGGACUGGAUUUGGCAGAAAUUGGGCUUCCAUCCUUAUGGAUGUGGAUGCAGUCUGAUAAUAAUCAGGGUACAGAGGAAGUAGAGAACCUCAAGAGCCUGGUCUCAAACCUCCGUCAGCUGCGAGACCUCCACAGGAAAUACAACUACCGUCUCUCACUGUCAGUCUUUGAAAAGGGAAGUGUUCGGAGUGUUGCAUUCCAUAUGCUGGAUAAGGUUCCAGCUCCAGAGCUAAUAUCUACCACAGUUGAGAACAGUAUCCGGCCAUAUUCCUUAGAACACCAGAUUCCUUUGGACAAGCUUCUCCUUCAGUAUAUCAAGGAUCUCCUGCAACGCUGCAGUUCUCAGACCACUACCCUCUUCACAGAAUGGGAGGCUAAAGCAGUGGCUGUACUCGGUUGCAUGACUGACACCGAUUUGAUGGUGGAUGCUGUGUUGGAGAUCAUGCAGAAGGCUGUGGUGCCCUGGAGUGAGAUGGUGGAGAAGCUGGUUCAACAGUACUUGGAGAUGCAGGGACCCAAACAAGAGCUAUUGAAGGAGAGCUACCAUCUGAUGGAGAUUAGGAAACUGCUCAGGGGCUACGGGAUCCGCAACUUCAACCUUUCCAACAACAGGGAAAUCAUGACACUGAUAAGAUACAUCCUGAAGCAAGACCUACCAUCUUCUUUAGAGGACUCUCUGAAGUUAGCUGAAGCAUACAAACUUGCAACCUCUCAGAUAAAUUACUUGUAUCUCAUCCAUCUGAUAGGUCAAGGAAAGGCUGAAGAAUGUAUGACACUCCUAAGGAAGCUGUCCUCUGCAGAUGCAGAGUGUGUGAUUGAGCAUCUCACAACUUGGGCUAGACUGGAGUUGGAGGACAAAGACCACCUGUCUGAUGAGCACAAGAAGAACCAGAUGGUCAUUGCCCAAGUUACGGUUGAGGCAUUGAAAUUCCUAUGCAUAAGCCAAAAAGAAAAUAUGCUGAAAAGUGUGGAGUGUGAAAACAAUCUCAUUAUGUUCAAAACAAUUGCCCACCUCCAGGAGGACUUUGACAUUUUCUUUACCCCGACCAACUAUGAGGAUCCGAAAGUCCGAAAGCAGAUCCAGGAUCAUCAUAUCACAGCCUUUGAGAACACGCGUGGUCGUCUGCCAUCUAAGGGGAAGGUCAUUACCUCUCCAAUGGUGGCCAAUGAUCCAGAUGGCAAAACCAAGACUAUCUCCACUGAAGCUGGUCUGUGCCGUCUCGGGAGGCAGCUACAACGAACUGAGCAGGAAUUGUGGUCUGAGCUGGCUUUACGAGCCCUAGGGGUGGGAAAGAUUGACAAAGCUCUCAAGAUCCUCAGUGAACUGUAUGAGCACCACUGCAAUCCCAGCACAGGGAAGGUACUUUUUACUGCUGCACAGAAGUUGUGUCAGAUGUUGGAGGCUGAUGUGCCCAUGGUGCUACCUGAUGAUGUGGAUUUACCUGCAGUUAUCCACAGCCUGGCUUGCCAGGCCAUCACUGUCUGCCACUCGGACCUACUUCUGGACUGUUUGGAGCUGUGCAAAAGUACACGGACAGCCAUGGAUGUCUAUCAUCAGUGUCAGUUCUCAGACAACUAUGGUUUCAUAACCAAGCAUUUGACCUUGGAUGCAGAAAAGGAUCCCUACUCUCAAUGGAGUUACCAGGAUAUCUUCAAUGAGGAUUGCAUUGUUCUGGACUCAGUAUCAGUGCUGCCAGUCCAAUAUGAGAUAACCAACAGUUUGCUGCCUAUAUCACUAGAUGCCAAGCUAUACCCUCUGGACUGUUCCUGUCUCUCGCACUGCUCUUUCAAAGAUGGUUCAAACUACCUGCAGCCCCUCAUGGGUCCCUUGUCCAAUAUGGUGCAGAUACUGCAAGAGUGCAGUCAGUUGGAGCUGGCCCUUAGGGUGCUGGUCAACUCCUAUGGCAGCUGCCUGCAACAUGUCACCUCCAACAUUAUGGACCUUAAACUCAGCAUACAGCUUUAUGAUCAACAAGGACUCAUGCAAUACAACAGAUGCUUGAAUGAGCUCCGAAAGUCAACUCUAUCCACUCUCAAUACUGUUGCUGUGGGCCUUUUAAACAAAGUCUUUAACUGGAGAGUGGUGGAUUGCGACUUAGCUAUUGGACUCUGCACUCUCCUCUCUAAAGCUGAAGUCAUCAAAUUACUGUGGAAGGUCAUUGACAACACUUGGCAAAACUAUGACAAAAUCCUGGCUGUGGCCAUGAUUGGAGCCCAUCUCUGCUGUUUGUAUGACGAAGAAGAGGAACAAGCAAAGUUUCGCUCAGUUAUCAUUGAUGCCGAAUGGGGCAAUAAGCUGGGGAAAUUAGGGAUAUCCAUCCAGUCUGUGUUCCGUCAACGGUCGGAGAUGAAGAGCCUUCUGAUUCCUAUUUUGGUGAAGAACAGCAACAUCACCCCUGACAUCAUUCUACAGUACUGCAGCACCUUUGGUCUGGACAGAGAUCAUGUAAUCAAUCAGUACAUCACCACCCUGCUGUUACUGCAUGAGGAGGAGGAAGAAUAUUCAGGUCAAGUUGGUGAUCCUGUGAUAGGCCAGGAAGAGGUGCAACCUCUGAGCCAUGCAGAUGCCCUUGAGCGAGUCCUGCAGAUCAUUCCCAUGUUGCACAGCACCACCAACCUAACAGAUAGCCUUUGUGCUGCCAUUUUUAAGCUUAGCCCUUAUAACUAUGAGAGGAUUGAAGUAGUCCUCAAGAUCAUCCAGACAGCAGAUGAGAAUGUGACCAGCUUCUCAGUUGGCCAGGCAAUGGGCCUACUUCAGCACCUGAAGUCCUACAAGCGAAUCUCACCUCCAUCAGACCUAGAGCACACCUACCUUAUGGACAAUGGCCUACAACUUACCCUCCUGUCUAAAAGCAGACUGCCCUUUCACCUGCUUAUGCAGACCAAUAGUUACUGGAAGAUCAUCUCCCCUGAGCUCAGUGAGGAGACUUUCCCUACUCUUCUUCUAAUCAGCAAGCUGAUGAAGGUGAGCCUGGACAAAUUGUACAUGUCUGCAGUGAACCACAUAUUUGAGAAAAGUAUGAAGCCUCUACUUGUGGAGCAGAGCAAGAAGGAUCAAAGGCAUUUACCAAAUAAGGAGACCCUCAAGGUAGCCAGGACCUUGAUGGAUCACAUCAGCUGCAUCCAGAGUCAAGAGUGGGCUGCUGCCACUGCUCAUAAAAUUGCUCAGGAGCUGCCCCCAGGCAUUGAGAAGACUCAGUCACUUAGGAUCUGCUUAGCCCUUGGGGACAAAUGGCUAAAUGACCCAAACCUUGAGGAGGUGGCACGGUCCAAAGGGGAGACCUACCUGUCCAAGAUUAAGCUGCAGUACCAGCGCUCUGCCACAGAGAGCGCCUUGAUGGUAAACCAGCUGAACAGCCCAGAUCAUCUGAAACUGACUGGAGUGCCAGCCAGGCUGAUAGUGGCCCUGUAUGAACACAGGAGUGUGGAGCAGCGCUACAAAGACUCAGCGGCUCAAUCCUAUCCUGACAUUCAUGCUGUAUGUAAAGAAAUAGCCACAAUCAACUCUGUGGAUCUUCUCAAGAUCCGUAACAUGCUUUUGGAAAAAUGGAUCUGCAAAACAGGCCCGGCUGUAGCCAAGGACAUCAACAAUCUGGAGUUUGUUCACAACAUUGAGGAGGAUCCAGACCUAAUGAGGGUGGUGUAUCUACUGCAUACUUACUCCAUGGAUGUCGCUGCCCACCUGCUGAGCCCUAUCCUGUCUGCGGAAACAUGGCCCCUCAGCAGUACUGGGCCACGUUUGACCUUCUGCCACCGAAGUCGAGCCCUGUUUUGUCUCAUUCGCCUUGCUGAUGCUGCUACUGUAGAGGCCCAGACACAGAUCCCCAGGUCCAAAAUAAAGUACUACCUGAAGUGCUACAUCUAUGUCUCUCAACUGGAGGGCCUAAACAUCCCAUAUACCAUUGAGUCUUUCCUCAAUAGUCCCAAAGAGGGCAUGGUCAAGGGGCUGUGGAAGAACCACAGUCAUGAACCACAGGCUGUGCGCUUGGUGGCAGACCUUUGCCUUGAGUACCAGGUGUAUGACCCUCAGCUGUGGAACGGAUUACUUCAGAAACUGCUAGGCUUCAACAUGAUCAGCCACCUUCAGAAGGUGCUGGAGGCAGUAGGAGCUGUUCCCUCUCUGUGGCAGAUCUCUAGUUUUCCCAGGACCUGGAGGAGUAUGAUACUAGCUCCCUUUGUCUCAGCGUCUGUUCCCCUAAGUACCAGUCAACAAGCAACAAUCUACAAGACCUUUGUUCUCCUUCUCAAGUGCCCUUUCCUGUUGAACCUGGACCUGAUCGGAAUUGCCAAUCGCUUUGCUCAGAUCAGUCUGCCAGCCUUUGCAUUGGGAACUCUCCUUCUCAUCCCUUGUGAUAAGAAAAAGGCACAGCAGAUCCAGGGUUUCUUGUCCGUUUGUAUCCCAGUUACCAUCCUGGACCAGGUGGAGGUGUUGAUGAACACGGGGGAGUUGGCCGGGGUUCCCUCCCAGAUUAAGGAGACUGUGUUAACACACAUCAUCCAAAAUGGGCAGUACCAGAAAGUACUGAAGACCAAGUACUUCAGGGAUCUGAAGCAGUUCAUACUGUUGAAUGGACAGCCUAACCAAGUCAAAGAUUUGGUGGAUUACCUGAUCAACCAGAAUUGCAGGGAUGAUGCUGAUUCCCUUGCUCGCGAGUACAUGAAAUGCAAGAAGCAUCAAAGAGGAAACACACUAUCCAUCUGAUCUCCUGUACCCACAGCUUUAAAGGUAACUGUAAAUAACAUCCUGUAAACUGUAUACAGC